GCCCCGGCCCCAAGGCUCUGGGCGCGGUUGGGGCGCGCCUACCCUCUGGGUGGAGCUGGGUCUCCCGCGGACUCCGCUGCCGGGAGGCCCGGGCUGGGGGACGGGAGCACGGCGGCGGCCCGGGGUCCUUUUCCGCCCUCCUCGGCUCCCGCUUUGGUCUUGGAGUCCGAAUCCGUUCCGUCCCGUGGAAUGCAAAGCCCGUGUUGCUGUCAGAGCCACGAGGCCCCCAGCAUUUAGUACUUGUUCUGUUCGGGGAAGAUACAUCGGUGCAGCCAGGGGAUGAAGAUUGGCGGGAGUGAAGCAGCCCGAGGUGAUACCACAAGUUUUUUGACACAUUGAGGUCUUGCAUCUCAGGUUUGGACUGUGUGCUCCCAGCCUCGCGACAUAGGGUCAUGAAUCAGGACCGACCGGGAGCGCAGAAAAAGCAGAUCCCCUGCCAGUCACCCGGGAGCAGAAGAAGCCUGGCUUUUGGUGGCCACUUUCUCCUGCUGUGUUGCCAGUCCCAAAAGCUCCAGCCCUGCUCUGAAGGGGAGACCAGGUGAUGGCAGCCAUGCUCCUGACAGGCUGGCCCCAGGGACUUCAUGGACCCCCUGAGGCUCAUCCAUGGACCUCCAUGGACUACAGGGCCUGAGCCAUGGAAUUGGCCCUAGGGCAGCAGGAACCUGUUGUUUCAGAAGUUGGUGACCUUCGAGGACGUGGCUGUGUACUUCACGCAGACGGAAUGGGAUGGCCUAUCCCCUGCACAGAGGGCCCUGUACAGGGAUGUGAUGCUGGAGAAUUAUGGGAAUGUGGCCUCCCUGGGAUUUCCACUUCUCAAACCUGCUGUGAUCUCACGACUGGAGGAAGGAGGUGAGCUGGGGGUUCCAUCUCUGCUGGCCGCUGGAAUAGGAACCGACCCCCAGGGCCUCUGGACUGUGGACAUUCAGACUGACAAUAAUUUGACAAAGGAAAUGUGUGAAGAAAAAGAUUGUACAUCACUUGAACUUCAUAGGGAAUUUUCCCAGGAAACAGACUUCUCAGAUGCCUGUGUUCUAGAGAAACAACAAGAAAUCUACUCAGCAGGAAAUAUGAAGAAGGAAAAGAGCAGUGUCAUGGAUGGAACAGUGAAAGAUGAUGCAAGCCCUGUGGAGGAUUGUUUCUUAAGUCAAAGUCCAAACUUCUAUCAGUGUUAUACUAUCUCCAUUGGUGAGCAGCCCCCUGAGUGUACAGAACUGGGGAAAGCCUUCAGCUUUGACACAAAACUUAUUAAGCAUGAAAUAAUUGAUUCUGUGGGAAGACCUUUCAAAUGUGAAGAAUUAGUGGAAAACUUUAGGUGUGACUCUCAAUCUGUUCAGCAUCAAGAAACUCAUACUGUGGAGAAGGCUUAUCAGGGUAUAGAGUGUGGCAAAGCCUUCAGUGUUAAUGAAAAAUUAAUUUGGCAUCAAAGACUUCAUAGUGGAGAGAAGCCCUUCAAAUGUGUGGAGUGUGGGAAAAGCUUCACCUACAGUUCGCAUUAUAUCACACAUCAGGCAAUCCAUAGUGGGGAGAAGCCCUAUCCGUGUAAGGUGUGUGGGAAGGCCUUCAGUGUUAAUGGGAGUCUAAGUAGGCAUCAGAGAAUCCAUACGGGAGAGAAGCCCUAUCAGUGCAAGGAGUGUGGAAGUGGCUUCAGCUGUAGUUCUGCAUAUAUUACACAUCAGAGAGUCCACACUGGGGAGAAACCUUAUGAGUGUAAUGACUGUGGGAAAGCUUUCAAUGUUAAUGCAAAAUUAAUUCAACAUCAGAGAAUCCAUACUGGAGAGAAACCUUAUGAAUGUAAUGAGUGUGGAAAAGGCUUCAGGUGCAGCUCCCAGCUUAGGCAGCAUCAGAACAUCCACACUGGAGAGAAGCCGUAUCAGUGUAAAGAGUGUGGAAAGGCCUUCAAUGUUAAUGCAAAAUUAAUACAGCAUCAGAGAAUCCACACCGGUGAGAAACCCUAUGAGUGCACUGAAUGUGGAAAAGCUUUCAGUGUCAAAGGGAAAUUAAUUCAGCACCAGAGAAUCCACACAGGUGAGAAGCCCUAUGAGUGUAGCGAGUGUGGGAAAGCCUUUAGGUGCAACUCCCAGCUUCGGCAGCAUCUAAGAAUCCAUACUGGGGAGAAGCCCUAUGAGUGCAAUGAGUGUGGAAAGGCCUUCAACGUUAAUGCAAAACUAAUGCAGCAUCAGAGAAUUCACACUGGGGAGAAACCCUUUGAAUGUAAUGAAUGUGGAAAAUGCUUUACUUCUAAAAGAAACCUAUUUGAUCAUCACCGGAUCCAUACUGGAGAAAAGCCCUAUCAAUGUAAGGAAUGUGGAAAAGCCUUCAGUAUCAAUGCCAAACUAACUAGGCAUCAGAGAAUACACACUGGGGAGAAACCUUUCAAAUGUAUGGAAUGUGAGAAGGCAUUCAGCUGUAGUUCUGACUAUAUUGUGCAUCAGAGAAUCCAUACUGGAGAGAAGCCCUUUCAAUGUAAAGAGUGUGGAAAAGCCUUCCAUGUUAAUGCCCAUUUAAUUCGACAUCAGAGAAGCCACACUGGGGAGAAACCCUUCAGAUGUGUGGAGUGUGGGAAAGGGUUCAGCUUUAGUUCUGACUGUAUUAUACAUCAGACAGUCCACACUUGGAAGAAACCCUAUGUGUGUAAUGUGUGUGGGAAAGCUUUCAGGUUUAGCUUCCAACUUAGUCAGCAUCAGAGUGUCCAUAGUGAAGGAAAAUCCUAGUAACAGUCCACACUUGUGUAAUGUGUGUUGGCAAGCCUUCACGUUUUGCUUCCAACUUAGCAUCAGAGUGUCCAUAGUGAAGAAAAAUCCUAAUAAGAAGAAAGGUGUGGAAAACUCUCAGGUUAAUGCCAAAAUGGAUCAAGUAUCAUCAGAUUCACCCUGAUGGAAUACCCUGAGAGGAAAAUGAAUAUGGCAGAGUCUUCACAUGGAAACAAAUCUUUUUUAAAAAUUUUAUUUUUAAUCAGGAAAGGAUGACCAGUUAAAAAAAAAUCCAAAAAUAAAUAGCUUUGUUUUGUACCAACAAGAAUCAGAAAUUAUAAUGAAAGAAAAUAUCCUGUUCCUAGCAGCAUCAAGAAAAGUAGAUUUUCUAGGAUUAAACAAUUAUCAUGGCAGACCUAUGUGGAGGAAAUUAAAAGUCUCCACUGAGAGCCACUAGAGGAACUUGAAAAAAUGGAAAGAGAAACCUUGUUCUUGGACAGAAAAACCCAUAUUAUAAAGACAUUCACUCAACCUAACUUAUUUCUGUUUAGGUUUUUAAUAAUAAGCAUGCAUUACUUUUGUAA